AUGUUUUUUUUCAGCAUAUUCCUACUCUGCACCAUCUUCUCGACUCUCGUGAAUCAGAUCAUGCCCAAAUUUGUCGUCCAGCGUGCCCUGUACGAGGUCCGGGAGCGACCAUCGCGGGACUAUCCAUGGAAAGUGUCCAUCUUGUCGCAGAUGCUGGUCGAAGUGCCCUGGCAGGUUGGACUGGGUGUCUGUUCGUGGGCAUCCUUUUACUUCUCGGUGAUUGGGCCCGACCAAAGCUCCCAGCGCAGAGCCCUGGUCAUUCUGUUUAUUUUGCAAUUCUAUGUCUACGCGGCGAGCAUGGCGCAAUUAGUGGUGUGUGACAUUGGGGAACCUACGCUGGCAGCCAUGUUAGCAACCCUGAUGUUCGGUCUGUCCUUCAUUUUCAAUGGAGUCAUGCAGCCCCCGAGUCAACUGCCCCGGUUCUGGAUCUUCGUGUAUCGCAUUUCCCCAUUCACCUACUACGUGGGUGGGAUUAGCGGGACUGCUCUUCAUGGACGACCGGUGCAGUGUAAUGACCAGGAGAUGAGCGUCUUCGAUCCGCCUCCGGGUCGGAGUUGCCGGGAAUAUCUUGCGCCGUAUCUCUCGAAGGCUGGUGGCCAGCUGUAUAACCCCAAUGAAUACUUGUCGUUGCGUGAGAUCUACUGGGGCGACCGGUGGCGGAACUACGGCAUCUUCUGGUGUUAUUUUGUGUUCAACAUCUUCUGUGCGAUUGCGCUGUACUAUGUGUUCAGGGUACGGAUGUGGAAUGCGCAGAAGGGGAGGAAGUGA